AUGCGAAAUAACGAUGCAAAUUGGACAACAGUGGCAGGAAAACCAAAAGGAAAAGCAGCUCCAUCUUCUACGAAACCAUCAGGAAUACCUGUUAUGCCAAAAGCUGAAAUAAAAACAAUUAAACUUUCAGAUAGUGCGUUUAGUUCAAUGAAAAGUCGACUACCCGAGGAAAACGAUGAAAAUCAACCAGGCGAAAUAAAACCACAAAAACCUGUAGUAGCAGCAGCAUCUAUCGAAAAGAGUCCACCGAUGAAAACCAAUAAGCCUAAUAAAUCAAGUUCGAAUGCAUUGUCAUUGAAGCAAGCACUGCAAAAUAUCAGUGCUGAUAAAAUUAAAGAAUUAUAUCAAUCAUCGAAAGAUAAUUCAUCAUUGUGGGUUGAAAAAGUUUGCUAUUGGUUCAUUGAACAAUUCAAAGAUGUAACGUCCGGCUUCAAUGAUCCAACAUUUUCCAAGGAAGACAAUCAAGAUUAUCCUUUGAAUGCAUUGCCAACAUCGGUUAAAGAAAAUUUAAAAGAAAUUUUUGAUACACAAGCAAAAUUAAAAGGAAUUACACUCUGCCGAACUGCUAUUCUCAAUCCUAAUGCUGAUGUUCAUGGUAUUGUUGGUUAUCAAGUUCUAUUGCAAUAUUUUCUUCGAAAUCUCCAUGAACGACCCAAUGAUUCGUUUCUCGAUGAUGUUGAUGAUUUGUCAACAUCAAUCAAACGAUAUCCAUCGGAUAAAGUACUUCGAUUACUUUGGGCUUAUAGCCAAGUGCAAUAUCAAUAUCCUGGUUUAGCACUAGAUAUUUGGUUUCGUUUAAUGUUUCCUUUGAUUGAAAAUCGAACAUACAAUCAACUUAUCGUGGAAAAUUUAAGCCAAAUUACAACACGUCAUGCCAAACAUAAAAAGUUUCUUCAAGCCAAUGAAACAUUUCCUUUGGAAUCGCACAUCAAACUUAUCGAUUUUGUUGACCAACCUAAUCCUGCAUUAACACGAGAUAUGCGGACAUCAUUAUCAAAAAGUGCAACUAUUCUCGCAGAUUUAUUCUUGAAUAAUACAAAAAAUUUAGCCCAAUAUUCACGUUAUUAUUUUCAAGUACUAUUUCCUGUUCUUCAUGCUGACAAACAACGUCCAUCAAAAAGUCAAUCUUAUAUUGAUCGUAUGAUUGUCGCUUGUCUUACGGAUAAGUCAAUACAUAAAAUUUGGUUGUCGUGUCAUCAAAAAGAUCCUCAAAGUUCAUUGGAUCUUUUAUCAUUAUUACAUACCAAUGAAACAACAAUUUCAGGUCUAUCAUCUUCAAAAGAACUCCGUACUAUUGUUCAACAACUUCGAACGAUUUCAACUGAAAUUGUUGAUAAUGAAGAGAAUGAUAAUGUGGAACAUAGAGAAUUCUUGAGUGCUUAUUCUAAAAAUGAUGCAGUGGUGGUCAAUAAAUGUAAAGCAAAUUCUCAAUUUAAAAUUAGCUCAGUUCUUAAACUACUCGUUUUACUUUACGUCUCAUUUACUAUUUAUCAAAAUUGGUUAUGGCUGACUGUUGCUGCAGACUAUUUGCUUGAAGACUAUAUGAAACAUCCAACUGCUGUCGUUAUCAAAGAACGUUUAUCAAAUGCAUGCAUAGAAACAAGAAAAUUAGCCCUAUUGUCAUUGAAACAUGGUGAAGAAUUUCUUCGUUCCACUAUGGCAAAUAUUGAACCAUAUGCAAUUCAAUAUGGACAAUAUAUUCAAAAACAAUGGAAUCAUCUAUUAAAACAUAUUGAAGGGCCAAUUUAUGAUAAAAGUGCUGAAAUUGCUGAACAGAUUCAAAAAUUAUCAAUAAUCAUAUUCAACCAAAGUGUUCAUUAUUUAAAACUUUUAUUUGAUUGGUCAAGUUAUUAUACCGCUAAUUUAACAUAUUUGGCUGAAAUCUAUAUUACACAAGCUUACGAAAUAGUUCAUGAUAAAGUGGCCAAUUUCGAUGCGAAGGAAUUACGAGAAAAGUUUGAUCAAUUUCGAAUGCGUGUUAUUAAAUCUGUUUAG